UAAAAUUGUGACGUUUGUUGUUGUUUCUGGUUGAAAGAUAUAAGCAUUUUUAACGGUGUUGUCACUAACAGAAGGUUCAAAACCAUGACGUCAACGGGCGAAGUUGUGUUAAGGGCAGCCAUUAAAUUUUGCUUGGGAUUAGACAAGACACCAAGUGAAACGUUGAAGAUGUUACAGAGUUCCAGUACGACCAUGAAAUGCAGUAGGGCGCUUGUCUUUAAGUGGCACCGACGGUUUCGGGAAGGAAAUAACUCUAUAGAAGACGAUCAACGAUGUGGCCGGCCAUCUAAGGUUAAAUUUUCGAUUUCAGAUAAAGUGAAAGAUAUCAUGUACAGUGACAGGCGACACACUUUGAGAAAUUUAGCUUCUGAACUAGGUGUUUCCACUUAUACAGUGCAUCAACUUAUACAGUGCAUGAAAUUUUUAAAACAGAAUUAGGCAUGUCUAAAGUGUGCUCGCGCUGGGUGCCGAGAUUCCUUAAGGAUCACGUGUGGGAAACAAGGGUUCGCUGCUUGCAAAAGUUUGUCCACCGGUAUGACCGUGAAGGCGAAGAAUUCCUCAACCGCAUAGUUCCAACCCAGUCCUGUAUAUGGAAAAUCCCGGGAACCCCUCCCCCAAAGAAGGCAAGAGUACAGAAAAGUGGUGGGAAACACAUGUUCAUGUUUUUCAUGGACAGGAAAGGCAUGAUCCUACAGCAUCAGGUUCCCGAUGACCAGACAGUGACCGCUAGUUACUAUUCGAAGGUUCUCAGGCGUGACUUGAUGCAGGCAUAAAAGAAGAAACACCCCAAACUCGACCCCGAGCAUAUUUCACCAAAAUAACGCUCCAGGACACAGAGC